AUGGCCACAGAAACCGUGAUUCAGCCGCCGCCACCGCCGUCGUCCUCCAUUCUCCGCCGCAUUAUCAAAUUCGACACCGCCCUUUCCCUCCGCCUCUACAAUCUCACUCACUCUAUCCUACCAUACUCGCUUCUCAAAUCCCUCGAAUACUCCGGCGAUGGCCGCCUCUUCUUUCCUAUAAUUAUAUCCCUCCUCCUCUACCCUUUCUUCACCGCCGCGGCUCCGGCGAAGCCGCCGACAGAUCCUUUCCUAGUAAACCUCUUUAUCGGAGGCCUUCUCGAUAUCAUCCUCAUUGGCCUGCUCAAGCAUUUUAUCCGCCGUCCCCGGCCCGUCUAUAACAAGAACAUGUUUUUAUCUUUCGCCGUUGACCACUGGUCGUUCCCUAGUGGCCAUAGCUCUAGGGUUGCGUUUAUUGCUACACUUUUCUACUUUUACUCGGAUUGGGUCCGGAAUUUCUGGAUGACAUCGGAAUUCGGUCUUCCAUUCUUGGCGGAGUACUUCGUGUUGAUCGUUGUCUCGUGGGCAGUGGUAACUUCGGUUUCCCGGGUUCUUCUUGGGAGGCAUUUUGUGUUUGAUGUUUUAGCUGGAAUGUGGUUAGGAUUUCUUGAAGGCUUUUUUGUGUUUCGGGUUUUCAACUAUCAUAAUCUCAGCCAGUUUUUCAGGUAG